UAAAUAAAAUUCUAAAUUUAUUUUUUAACCAAUAAAAUAUUGUUAUUAAAUAUAUAUUUAAUGUGAAGAAUCAAUAACUAUGAAAAGACUUAAUUUUCUGUUAGAUACAGAUAGAAAGAAAGAGCAAUUCUUGAGUGACCUAGAAUAGUAUGAACGCAAAAAAUACUGAAUUAAGUACAUUCCAUUGAUGUUGAUAAAUUUUGUAAUAUUUGUUAUUGAAAAGUAUUAAAUUUUUUAAAACUAUUUUAUUAGCGAAAAGUAAUUUAUUAUUUGAACGUGAUUAGAAACAAAAAACUAUUUAAACAUAAAAGAGUGAUACGAAGGGCAUAGUGAAGGACAAUAAAAAUGGCUAAUAAUCAUAGUAAUGAAUUAACUCGAGAAGAUUUUGAUGCUGGACCAUCAAGUUACGACGAAAUAGAACCAAAUUUAUAUCUUGGAAAUCUUACAGCUGCAAAAGACAUAAAAUGGUUAAAAGAUACUAAAAUAAGUCAUAUACUUACAGUCGACUCAUGUCCAUUACCUCGACAAGUAGAACAACUUCCUAAUAUAAAUUUGAAAUUUAUUCAAAUAACGGAUAUGCCUAGAGAAAAUAUCUUGACAUUUUUUGAAGAUACCUAUCAAUUUAUUGAUAACGCAUUGCAAAACGAUAAAAAAGUUUUAGUCCAUUGUUAUUUUGGUGUUUCAAGAUCAGCGACGCUGGUUAUUGCUUACAUUAUGAAAAAACAUAAAAUGACUUAUGAAGAUGCUUAUAAAUUAGUUAAGUCAAAAAGACGUUUUGUUGGCCCUAAUCCUGGCUUUAUAGCCCAAUUAAAAUUAUAUGAAACUAUGGGUUUUACUAUUGACAACCGUAAUGUUGAAUUUAAAAUGUAUCGUCUUCAAUUAGCUGCUGAUCAUAUUCGUAAAGCUAAAAUUCUUUCUUCAAAUUUUAUAGAUUUAAUAAAACCAGAUCCACAACUAACCACAGUCCGUCCAGAACCAACUGUCUACCGUUGUAAAAGAUGUAGGAGAGUAGUUGCAAGUGUUAGUAAUUUACUGCCGCAUUUUCCAAAUGAGCGACAAGUUUGGCGAUAUAUUAGCAACAAAACAUAUGAUGGAUUAUCACCCAAACAAAUCCAAAAAUUAGCUAAAAUUGAAAAAGAUAAAAAAGAUGGUACAAGUAAUUCAACAGAAGCAUGUACAAAAACUCAUUUUAUAGAACCAUUGGCAUGGAUGAGGGAUAUUAUACAUAAUGUUGAAGGAAAACUUAAUUGUCCAAAAUGUGAAACUAAACUUGGUUCUUUUAGUUGGGUAUCUGGUUGUCAAUGUCCUUGUGGUGCUAAAGUUGCACCAGCAUUUUAUUUAGUCCCAUCCAAAGUUGACUGGAGUAAUGUCGUACAAAAUGUCUUAGUAACUGUGUAAUAAUGUAUAAUUUAAGUGACAAAAGAUUAUAUCGUGUUGCUACUACCAAAAGGGUAUAUAAAAAAUUUUGUUCUUUCUAAUCAACUUGGAAAUGUAAGAAGUGUAAAAAUUAAUUUUCACUUACAAUUUCUCGCUUUAAAAAAUUGAAAAAUUUGAUUUCUUAAUACGAAGGUUUCACAUUUUCAUAAGUUGAUAAAGUUAUUAGUUUAGGUUUGAGUCAAAACGUCAAGAUUUGAUAAAAAUUUCAUUUAUUUUAAUUUAACUGAAAUCAAUAAUUUUAGAAAAUUUUAAAUUUUUGUACCAAAAAGUUCAAAGUUAAAAAAUCUAAAUCUGGAAAUUUGAAAUGAAAGUACAAUUUUUUCAGCAAAUUUGUAUAGGUACUCUUAACCUGAUUGAGGAAAAGAAAUUUUUUUUUCGUUCGUCCUUUUGGCAUUCGUAGCGAUACACAUAUUUAUAAGUGUGUAUAAUAAUUUGAUCGGUUCAUACAAUACGAGGGUUGUCAUACACAAUUUAUUUAAUUAAUUAAAAUUUCGGGAAGAAACCUGAGAGAUAAGAAAAAUAAAAAAAUUUCGGACGGAUUGGAUUAAAUUCGAAUCUACAUCAAGUCUAACCAAUAAUUCAAUGAUUCAUCUAUAUAAAUAUAAA